AAAAUAAAAAAAAAAAAGUAUACAUGUAACAUCUGUUAGUUACUGAUGAAUAAUGCAAUGAUCAUUAUUAUUCAUUCUGAAGUCAGGCAACAAUUUUUUUUUUAAUGUGGAGUGGCGGGGCUAGCACUGUGGCACAGUGGGUUAAAGCCCCAGCCUGCAGCGCUGGCAUCCCAUAUGGGCACUGGUUUGAGUCCCGGCUGCUCCUCUUCCCAUCCAGCUCCCUGCUAUGGCCUGAGAAAGCCGUGGAAGAUAGCCCAAGUCCUUGGGCCCCUGCACCCGCGUGGGAGACCUGGAAGAAGCUUCUGGCUCCUGACUUCGGAUCAGUUCAGCUCUGGCCAUUGCAGUCAUUUGGGGAGUGAACUAGCGGAGUGGAAGACCUCUCUUUCUCUGUCUCUACCUCUCUCUGUAACUCUGUCUUUCAAAUAUAUAAAAAUAAUUCUUUUUAUAAAAAGGUGGAGGGGCUAGAUUGUGGCAUAUCAGAUAAAGAUAGCAGCAUACCACAUGGGCUCCCGUUCAAGUUCUGGCUGCUCCAUUUCUGAUGCAGCUCUGCUAAUGGCCUUGGAAAAGCAACAGAAAAUGGCCCAAGUGCUUGGGCCCCUGCACCCAUGUGGGAGACCCAGAAGAAGCUCCUGGCUCUUGGCUUCACCUGGCCCAGCCCUGGCUGUUGGGACUAUCUGAGGAGUGAGCCUGGUGAUGGGAGAUCUCUCUCUGCUCCAACUGUUGCUCCCUCUCUGUAACUCUGACUUUCAGAUAAAUAAAUAAAUCAUUUUUUAAAAAGUGGAAUUUCCUAUAGAUUUUUUUAAAAAGAUUUAUUUAUUUGAGAGGCAGAGUUAUAGACAGAAGGAGGGAGAAACAGAGAGAGAGGUCUUCCAUAUACUGGUUCACUCUGCAGAUGGCCUCAAUGACCAGAGCUGGGCCGAUCUGAAGUCAGAUGCUUCUUCCAGGUCUGCCACGUGGAUGCAGGGGCCCAAAUACUUGGACCAUCUUCUGUUGCUUUCCCUGGGCGUUAGCAGGGAGCUGGAUUGGAAAUGGAACAGCUGGGACUCUAACCAGCGCCCAUAUGGGAUGCAGCACUGCUGGCGGUGGCUUUACCUGCUAUGCCACAACACUGGCCACAUUCCUACAGUUUUUUUCAAUACUGAAAAUAUCUAAGAAAUACUAGAUUGAUCUAUAUCAAGGCUUUAAAAAAAGGUUUAAAAUCAGAAUGACUGGAGGGAAGGAGGGAGGGAGGAAGGGAGAGAGGGGGAGAGAGAGAUAGAGAGAGAGAGAGAGAGAGAAUCAUCCAUUGAUUCAUGCCCUGAAUGCCUGCCACAGCUGGGGCUAGAUCAGGCUGAAGCUAGGAGAUAGGAACCCCAUUUGGUCUUCCAUGGGGGUAGUGGGAACAUAAGUACUUGGGCCAUCAUUUGCUGCCUCCCAGACACAGUAACAGGAAGCUGGAUCAAAAGCAGAGCAGCCAGAAUCAGUCAGGUACACCAACAUCCCAAGUGGGGAGUAAUCUGCUGUGCUUCAGUUCCUGCCCCAGACUGAUUUUUUCCUUAAUCAGCCUUAUAAUGGUAAAAAUUUACAUGCAGUAAGUUUAUCCAUUGUAUAUACAUAUAUAGUUCAGUGAAUUUUCAUAAAAUAGUUGCUCACAUAACCACCCUAUCAGCGGCUAUGAUUUGAGUAACUUCUCUUCCAUUACUUGAUCUCCAGUUUUAAAUGGAUGAAGCAACUGAAAUAUAGCAAAUGUUGUCACCCCAAGAAAGUUCCCUCUGUUCCCUUCCAUUUUAUCCCUUACACUGCCUUAGCCCCUGGCAGCCAUUCCUGGCAGCCAUUGAUCUGCUUUCUGUUGCUAGCUUUGCCUUUUCUAGAAUCAUCCUAUAGAACACCUUGUAAGUGGCAUGUAUGACAUUUUGUGUCCAUUAGUCUAUCCAUUGAUAUUUUUGUUUCCAUUGAUACUUUGUAUCCAUUGAUAUGUUUCCACUUUUUGGUUAUUAUAAAUAAAGCUGUCCCGAACAUCACUGUGCAGGUCUUUGUGAGAAAUGUCUUCAUUUCUCUGUGUUGGAUAGUUAGAAAUUAUAUGCUAGCUAGUGUGGUUACUGUUUUUAACUUUAUAAAAAGAAAACUGGGAAACCUUCCCAAAGUGGUUCUACCAUUUUGCAUUCCCACUCCUCACCAGCAAUAGAUAGUGUAUCAUUCAGAUGUUGACUGUUCUUGUGGGUAGGUCAUGGUAUCGCAUUGUGGGUUUGUUUUUUGUUUUUUGUUUUUUGUUUUUAUUUGAGAAGUAGAGUUACAGACAAUGAGAGGGAGAGACAGAGAAAGGUCUUCCAUCCUUUGGUUCAUUCUCCAUAUAGUCGCAAUGGCUGGAGCUGGGCCAAUCUGAAGCCAGGAGCUUAUUCCGGUGGGGGUAAAGGGGCCCGGCCCAAGUGCUUGGGGCCAUCUUCCACUGCUUUCCCAGGCCAUAGCAGAGAGUUAGAUCAGAAGAGGAGCAGCUGGGACUUGAACUGGCACCCAUAUGGGUUGCUGGCACUGCAGGUGGAGGAUUAACUCACAGUGCCACAGCGCUGGCCCCUCACAUUUUUUUUUUUUAUUUGAAAGUGUUACACAGAAAGCGAAGGAGAGGCAGAGAGAGAGAGGUCUUCCAUCCACUGGUUCACUCCCCGGUUGGCUGCAAUGGCUGGAGCUAAUCCGAUCCAAAGCCAUGCAGUGCAGGGACCCAAGGACUUGGGCCAUCUUCUACUGCUUUCCCAGGCCACAGCAUAGAGCUGCAUGGGAAGUGGAGCAGCCAGGUCUCGAACUGGCACCCAUAUGGGAUGCCAGCACUGCAGGUGGUGGCUUUACCCGCUACACCACAAUGUGGGCCCACAUUAUGAUUUUAACUAGCAUUUCUCAACCACUAAUGAUGUUGAAUAUUUUUUAAGAAGAUUUAUUUGUUUGUUGGUUUAUUAAUGUGAAAGGCAGAGCAACACACAGAGAGGGAGAAACAGAAAGAGAAACAUCUUCUAUCUACUGGUUCAUAGCCAAGUCCGGUCCAGGCCAAAGCCAAGACCCAAAACUCCAUCCAGGUCUCCCAUGUGCAUGGCAGGGGCCCAAGUAGAUCAUCUUCUGCUGCCUUCCCAGGUGUAUUACCAGGAUGCUGGAUUGGAAGCAGAGCAGCUGGGACUUGAACUGGUGCUCUGAUAUGGGGUGUUGCUGUUACAAGUGGUAGCCUAACUUGAUGUGCCACAUGUGUGGCCUUGAUGUUGAGCAUUUUUUGGUGCAUUUAUUUCCCAUUUCUGUGUAUUUUUUGGUGAAGUAUCUGUUUAAAUUUUUCCACUCAAAAAAAAAAAAAAUUUCUAGGGGUGAGUGUUGUGGCGUAACAGGUUAAGCUGCACCUGCAUCACCAGAAUCCCAUAUGGGCUGCUGUCUUGGCUGCUCCAAUCCUGAUCCAGCUCUCUACUAAUGUGCCUGGAAAAGUAGCAGAAGAUGGCCCAAGUACUUGGUCCUCCACCACCCACAUGGGAGACCCAGAUGAAGCUUCUGGCUUCAGCCUGGCCCAGUCCUGGCUGUUGCAGCCAUUUAGGGAGUGAACCAAUGGUUGGAUGAUCUCUCUGUCUUUCCUCUUCUCUCUGUAAAACUAUCUUUCAAAUAAAUAAAUUUUUCUACUUACUUAUUUCAAAGACAGAGACAAAGAGAGCUCCCACUGCUUUAUCAGUGUCAGGUGUGGGAGGGCAGUUGCAAAGCCAGGAGUUAGACACACAACCCAGGUCUUCCAUGGGGUAACAAGAACCAACUACUUGAACUGUCACUGGGUCUGCAUUGGUGGAAAGCUGAACAAAGGAGCUGGAGCCGGUUAUCUGGUAUCAAACCCAGGUCAUUUAAUGUGGAACACAGUGUGCCAACCAGUAGCCAAAAGCCCGCCCUUUUGCCCAAUUUUUAUUGGGCUAUUUAUCUUAUUAUUGAGUUAUAGAACAUAUUUAUAUGAAGACUUAUUUUAAAAUUUCCUCAACAGAACAGCAUGUGAUUUGGAGUUUACCUUCAGUGUUUCAUUGAGUGUGGUGAAAGGCUCUUAUGUCCUUACCUGGAUUAUAAAUGCUAUUUUACAUGAGUAAAUAACUAAAAAAAUUAAUCUAAUAGAAGAGUAAAGUAUUUUUUUGUGCCACUCCCUUUGGCCAAGGUGAGUGAACGCACUUCUCCAAACCUGUUCUGGUGAAUGUCGAGGGGUUUUUGUUGUUGUUGUUGGUCAGGGUCCAGCUGCAGUCAGAACCCAGCUAUGGCUGUGUUUUAGGUGUUUAUUUUAAUCCUAUCUGUCUGUUCCAGUCUGUUUCAUCUUCCUCAUAACACUGUGGGAGCUGACCAACUGCCAAAUAAACUUUUAGAGGCAUUGAAGAUCCAUUAAAAAGUCAAGUGGAAUAAGUGCUGGCUCAUGUACACAUGAGAUUCAGAUAUCACGUUGAUUAUCAGAGGAGGAAGUGUGGCUUAUUUUACAUUGUGAUCUGUGAGAGUGAUGGUGUUUUUGUUACAUGUGUAUUCUCUGGCCAAAUAAAGCACCUGAGUAAAAUUAGAAAUGGAGCCAUUAAUUGUUGGAUUAUUGUGAUGUAUUUACUGUCAUUGCUCUUGGCAGACUGAAGGAGAUCACAUUUCAAUUAUGACUCUUCCUUAAUAAAAAUAUUGAUAUUUUCCUGUGCCAUCUCCUCAGAAAUACACACAGACACACUAGCAGCUGUGGAUUGAGUGAGUUCUUUCCUAUUGCUCGAUAUCCAGUUUUUUGUGUGCUUUUCUUUUUUAAGAUUGAUUUAUUUGAAAGGCAGAGUGACAGAGAAGGAGACAGGAAGGAGAAAGAUCUUUCUGGCACUGAUUUAUUCCUCAAAUACUUGUAGCAGCCAGAACUGGCCCAGACUGAAGCCAGGAGCCCGUAACUCCAUUCAGGUCUCCCGUGUAGGUGGGCCAUCCUCUGCUGCCUCCCAGGUGCGUGAGUAGGGAGCUGGACUGGAAGCAGAGCAGCUGGGACUCGAACAGCUGAGCUCUUGGCUUGCCUUUGUGUCGCUGUUCCUCUGAAGAACAGAGCACCAACAGAGCCCCCGUGCUUCCUGGACAUUCUGUGAGCAUAAUGGAUAUACCAAAUCCCCCGACUUCCAAAUGUAUCACUUAUUGGAAAAGAAAAGUAAAAUCUGAAUAUAUGCGACUUCGACAGCUUAAACGGCUUCAGGCAAACAUGGGUGCAAAGGCUCUGUACGUGGCAAACUUUGCAAAGGUUCAAGAAAAAACUCAGAUCCUCAAUGAAGAAUGGAAGAAGCUUCGUGUCCAGCCUGUGCAAUCAAUGAAGCCUGUGAGUGGGCAUCCUUUUCUCAAAAAGUGUACCAUAGAGAGCAUUUUCCCGGGAUUUGCGAGCCAGCAUAUGUUAAUGAGAUCUCUGAACACUGUUGCGUUGGUUCCCAUCAUGUAUUCCUGGUCCCCUCUCCAGCAGAACUUUAUGGUGGAAGAUGAGACCGUUUUAUGCAACAUUCCCUACAUGGGAGAUGAAGUGAAAGAAGAGGACGAGACUUUCAUUGAGGAGCUGAUCAACAACUAUGACGGGAAAGUCCACGGUGAAGAAGAGAUGAUCCCGGGGUCGGUCCUGAUCAGUGACGCCGUCUUCCUGGAGCUGGUGGACGCCCUGAAUCAGUACUCGGAUGAGGAGGAGGAGGGGCACAAUGACGCCUCGGACGGGAAGCCGGAAGACAGCAAGGAAGACCUGCCGGUCACGCGAAAGAGGAAGCGCCUCGCCAUGGAAGGCAACAAGAAGAGUUCCAAGAAGCAGUUCCCAAAUGACAUGAUCUUCAGUGCGAUCGCCUCGAUGUUCCCUGAGAGUGGAGUCCCGGAUGACAUGAAGGAGAGGUACCGAGAGCUAACAGAGAUGUCAGACCCCAAUGCGCUGCCCCCUCAGUGCACACCCAACAUCGAUGGCCCCAAUGCCAAGUCAGUGCAGCGGGAGCAGUCUCUGCACUCCUUCCACACACUUUUUUGCCGGCGCUGCUUUAAAUACGACUGCUUCCUUCACCCCUUUCAUGCCACCCCUAACGUAUAUAAACGCAAGAACAAAGAAAUCAAGAUAGAACCAGAACCCUGUGGCACAGACUGCUUCCUUUUGCUGGAGGGCGCAAAGGAGUACGCCAUGCUCCAUAACCCCCGCUCCAAGUGCUCUGGCCGGCGCCGGCGAAGGCACCACGUGGUCAGUGCUUCCUGCACCAACACGUCGGCCUCUGCUGUGGCUGAGACUAAAGAAGGAGACAGUGACAGGGACACAGGCAAUGACUGGGCCUCCAGCUCUUCAGAGGCCAACUCCCGCUGUCAGACGCCCACAAAGCAGAAGGCCAGUCCUGCCCCGCCGCAGCUCUGCGUGGUGGAGGCGCCGUCGGAGCUUGUGGAGUGGACCGGGGCUGAGGAGUCGCUCUUUCGCGUCUUUCAUGGCACCUACUUCAACAACUUCUGUUCCAUAGCCAGGCUUCUGGGGACCAAGACAUGCAAGCAGGUCUUUCAGUUUGCAGUGAAAGAGUCACUUAUCCUGAAGCUGCCAACAGAUGAGCUCAUGAACCCCUCGCAGAAGAAGAAGAGAAAGCACAGACUGUGGGCUGCACACUGCAGGAAAAUUCAGCUCAAGAAAGAUAACUCUUCCACGCAAGUGUACAACUACCAGCCCUGCGACCACCCGGACCGCCCCUGCGACAGCGCCUGCCCCUGCAUCAUGACUCAGAAUUUCUGCGAGAAGUUCUGCCAGUGCAACCCAGACUGUCAGAACCGCUUUCCCGGCUGCCGCUGUAAGACCCAGUGCAACACCAAGCAGUGUCCUUGCUACCUGGCAGUGCGGGAGUGUGACCCCGACCUGUGCCUCACCUGCGGGGCCUCGGAGCACUGGGACUGCAAGGUGGUUUCCUGCAAGAACUGCAGCAUCCAGCGUGGGCUCAAGAAGCACCUGCUGCUGGCCCCCUCGGAUGUGGCCGGAUGGGGCACCUUCAUUAAGGAGUCUGUGCAGAAGAACGAGUUCAUUUCUGAGUACUGUGGGGAGCUCAUCUCUCAGGAUGAGGCAGACCGCCGAGGGAAGGUCUACGACAAAUACAUGUCCAGCUUCCUCUUCAACCUCAACAACGACUUUGUUGUGGAUGCCACGCGGAAAGGAAACAAAAUUCGAUUUGCAAACCAUUCUGUGAACCCCAACUGUUACGCCAAAGUGGUCAUGGUGAACGGAGACCAUCGCAUCGGGAUCUUUGCCAAGAGGGCGAUUCAGGCAGGCGAAGAGCUCUUCUUUGACUACAGGUACAGCCAAGCCGAUGCCCUCAAGUACGUGGGGAUUGAGAGGGAGACCGACGUCCUCUAGCCGCCUGUCCCGCCCCCACCCGCGACACAGUGGCGGCACCGUCCUUGCUUUCACGCACGCACCACUGCUGCUGAGUUCCCGUACUGUGUCUUCCACGCCGAGAAAUCCCCCGCCUACUCCCUCUGUUGCGAGGCCUCAGCUGCAUCCCGUGGGGGCGGAAGGGGAGACAGAGGCAGAGCAAGCUGCGGAAGAGUGGGGCUGCCCCCCAGGGCUCAGAGGAAGAGUGCACAGCUGGGUGGUUGGCCUAGGCUCGGCUCUGGUCCGCGGGCCACAGCAGGCACCCCAGCCAGUCCCUACCGACCGCCAGCCCAACGCGGAGCUUUCCCGACAGAGGGUCCUGGUGGAACUGAGGUGCCAGGCAUGGCUCAGCGGGCCUGAGGCCUGGACAGGACAGGCUGAGCGGAGCCUGGUCCCUGGAGCCUGUGUGAGUUAGGGGCAAGCCUGGCCGGCAGCACAGCCGCAGAGGGAGGUGGGCGCCCCCGCCACCUCCUCCUCAGUGAGGGCAGGGCCCAAGUCCAGGCUGGAUGCUAGAGGAAGCAAGUGAGGGCCGCCCUCCCGUGGGCAGGGCGGGAGAAGCAGCCCGCCGUCCCAAGUGCAGCUGCCAGAUUGGAGAACGCCAUCUCCAUGCGCCGUGCAGAUAGAUGGAGAUGUGUUCGUGCCUUCCAGGAGCAGGGGCAGUGCCCAGCUCCCUCUGACAGCCUGGCCUCCGGCUGCAGGCGGGCCACUUCCUGGAGAGGCCAGGCCUGGGGCCAGUGCUGCUGGUGUCUUCAGGGUAUAUGGGCAAGGCCUGGCCUGGGGAGGGAGAAGUUGUAGGCGUGACUUCCUGUUCACAGCUCCUGCUGUUGGAAAGCGCGAGUUGGCUGGAAGUGGAGGGGUGUAGUUAGGAUGGCAGCACACGUGCCGGGCAGGGAACCCCCCGCCCCAGUCUGUGAUGCCUCCUCUCGGGGCUUGAUGCAGAGCAAAGCACUUUAUUUGAGAAAGUCUGGGAGUGGGGUGAUGGCUGAGCCGAGGUUGCAGGGCCCCUGCUCAGUCCCACCCUGGAGUGGGGAGCACGUGGGCUGGAAGAUUCUCCUCCAGUUCUGACUCAUCUCGGGAGGCAGCAGGAGCCAAGAGACCGGAGCCGGCAAGAGCUGCCUGCUGUGUGGGUGCAGUGCUGCACUGGUGGGGAGCGAGGCGUGCGCCGGGGAGGAAGGAGUCGGGCAGGCUCAGAGUCUGGUCCCCGGCCUCCGCUGACCACUCCUCCCUCCCUCCCACCCCCCCACCCCACUGGCUGUCCCAGGAAGGCAGAAGUGGGGCUCCCUAUGGCCACACCGCUCUGGGACACGCACGCUCACACACACACACACACACACACACACACACUGACCACACUGGUGGGCACACAGCCAGUUCCUGAUAGAACCUCUUCCCCUCGCUGGGCAAGCCACUGCCUGGACCUGCUGCGGUUGCCUUGUGCGUCAGAGAUGCCCCCAGCCGGACUGUGGGCUCUGUAUUACUCCCAAGGGGGAGAGCAGAGGCAGAGACGCAGGAAGGAGCAGGCCAGUGUGAAACCCAGGGGGCUAGGCUGCCCCCACCUUCUCAGUGAGCAACCAGGGACUGGCCCUGCUCCCCAGUUCUAGGCCACAGGUACUCCUGCACCUCCACACCUUUCCCCCAUUCCUGCUGUCCCCCACUUCUAAUGACGGGUCUUGACCCCUCUGCCCUGCACACCUUGAUGAGUGGCGCAGGGUGGUGGGCACUGGAGAGGCUGGAGGACGUGCGGCUUUGUCGCCAGUGAACUCCGCGCACUUUAAAGUCCUGUGGCUUGUGACCUCUCAAUCUGAAUAAAGUGUCAGAAUCCA